AUGACCAUACGUCCUUUCUUGUGCCAACACAGACAAGCGACGAGGACAAGCCUUGACGCCAGCACAAUGGUGUCGCCGAACCGGAAGACGAACCAUCGCAUGCCUCUCAGCCCCAUGCCGCGGGAGGAUGCCUUGGAGGCAUGGAGGACAUUCGUCAACGACAAUUUGAACGAUAGCGGUCGAGAUGUGCGGGUCUCGGUCCAAAUGGCCGACGCCAUGUUCGAUUGC